AUGGGGAUCUCCACUGUUAUCUUUGAAAUAUGUCUUUUGUGGGGUCAAAUCCUGUCUACAGCAUUGCAAACAACUGCUUCCACAGAUGGUAAGUACUUUGAAAAUAUGGACCUGACACAGAAGCCACAGAGCCCAGCAUGCCAAGAGAGCAGUUCCCGCUGUGUCAAUGCAGGUUUGCCUCUGAGGCUGGUGAAUGGCAGUGACCGCUGUCAGGGCCGGGUGGAGGUCCUGUACCAAGGCUCCUGGGGCACCGUGUGUGAUGACAGCUGGGACACCCAGGAUGCAGAUGUCGUCUGUCGACAGCUCGGCUGUGGCCAUUCUGUGUCAGCACCAGGAGGGGCCCAUUUUGGAGAGGGCUCAGGGAACAUUCUCUUGGGAGCUGUGCACUGCUCAGGAUGGGAAUCCUACCUGUCCAGCUGUCAACAUGACGGGUGGUACAACCAUGACUGUGGCCACAGGGAAGACGCUGGAGUCGUGUGCUCAGAAGUGUCCUAUACAGCUGAACAAAGCACAGCAGACGUGGUGUGCAGGCAGCUGGGCUGUGGCUUGGCCGUGUCUGCCCCAGGAAAUGCCAGGUUUGGACAGGGCCCAGGGCCCAUUGUCAUGGAUGACGUGGCCUGUGGAGGAUAUGAGGACUAUCUGUGGAGAUGUUCCCACCGAGGCUGGCUCUCUCAUAACUGUGGACACCAUGAGGAUGCUGGAGUCAUUUGUUCAGCUUCUCAAUCAAGCAGUCCCACACCUGAUGUGUUCCACCCAACUGAACAAACCACAGCAGAGCAGACAACCGUUCCUGAUUAUACACCAAUAGGAACAGAAUCUGGUUUGGCUGUGAGGCUUGAGAAUGGAGGAGACAGGUGUCAGGGUCGAGUGGAGAUCCUUUACCAGGGUUCCUGGGGCACUGUGUGUGACGACAGCUGGGACACCAAGGAUGCCAACGUGGUGUGCAGACAGCUGGGCUGUGGCUGGGCUGUGUCUGCCCCAGGAAAUGCCCACUUUGGACCGGGCUCUGGGUCUAUUGUUCUGGAUGACGUGGCCUGUACAGGACACGAGGACUAUCUUUGGAGCUGCUCCCACCGAGGCUGGCUCUCUCAUAACUGUGGACACCAUGAGGAUGCUGGAGUCAUCUGUUCAGAUGCCCAAACUCAGCGCACAACCAGGCCAGAUCUGUGGCUUACUACUACUACCCCAGAAACUACAACAGAAUUGUUGACUACAACUCCUUAUUUUGAUUGGUGGACAACUACUUCUGACUACAGCUGUGGAGGUUUCCUGACCCAACCCUCUGGGCAAUUUUCCAGUCCAUACUACCCUUCAAACUAUCCUAACAACGCCAGAUGUUCGUGGAAAAUUGUGGUCCCCAACAUGAACCGUGUGACAGUGGCCUUCACAGAUGUGCAGCUUGAAGGAGGCUGCAACUAUGACUAUAUCCUGGUUUAUGAUGGCCCUGAAUACAAUUCUUCUCUCAUUGCUCGGGUGUGUGAUGGGUCCAAUGGAUCUUUCACCUCAACCGGAAACUUCAUGUCCGUAGUCUUCAUCACAGAUGGCAGUGUGACAAGACGAGGGUUCCAGGCUCACUACUACUCUACAGUCAGCACAAACUACAGCUGUGGAGGUCUCCUGACUCAACCCUCUGGACAAUUUUCCAGCCCAUACUACCCUUCAAACUAUCCAAACAAUGCCAGAUGUUCCUGGGAAAUAUUGGUCCCCAACAUGAACCGUGUGACAGUGGCCUUCACAGAUGUGCAAAACAAUGCCAGAUGUUCCUGGGAAAUAUUGGUCCCCAACAUGAACCGUGUGACAGUGGCCUUCACAGAUGUGCAGCUUGAAGGAGGCUGCAACUAUGACUAUAUCCUGGUUUAUGAUGGCCCUGAAUACAAUUCUUCUCUCAUUGCUCGUGUGUGUGAUGGGUCCAAUGGAUCUUUCACCUCAACCGGAAACUUCAUGUCCGUAGUCUUCAUCACAGAUGGCAGUGUGACAAGACGAGGGUUCCAGGCUCACUACUACUCUACAGUCAGCACAAACUACAGCUGUGGAGGUCUCCUGACUCAACCCUCUGGACAAUUUUCCAGCCCAUACUACCCUUCAAACUAUCCAAACAAUGCCAGAUGUUCCUGGGAAAUAUUGGUCCCCAACAUGAACCGUGUGACAGUGGCCUUCACAGAUGUGCAGCUUGAAGGAGGCUGCAGCUUUGACUAUAUCCUGGUUUACGAUGGCCCUGAAUACAAUUCUUCUCUCAUUGCUCCGGUGUGUGAUGGGUUCAAUGGAUCUUUCACCUCAACUGGAAACUCCAUGUCCGUAGUCUUCAUCACGGAUGGCAGUGUGACGAGGAGAGGGUUCCAGGCUCACUACUACUCUACAGUCAGCACAAGUCCUCCAUCAUUCCCAAACAUAACUGGAAAUGAUUCUUCAUUGGCGCUGAGGCUGGUAAAUGGAUCAAACUGGUGUGAGGGCCGAGUGGAGAUCUUGUACAGAGGCUCUUGGGGCACCGUGUGUGAUGACAGCUGGGGCAUCAGCGACGCCAAUGUGGUCUGCAGACAGCUCGGUUGUGGCUCUGCUCUGUCUGCACCAGGAAAUGCUUGGUUCGGUCAGGGCUCAGGGCUCAUUGUCCUGGAUGAUGUGUCUUGCUCGGGGUAUGAGUCUCACCUGUGGAACUGUCAUCAUCCUGGCUGGCUUGUCCAUAACUGUCACCAUUCUGAGGAUGCAGGAGUCAUCUGUGCACUCCCUGAGGCAACUUCUCCCAGUCCAGGUUGGUGGACUACAAGCCCUUCCUAUGGUAAGCUGGAAAGAGGCUGCAGCUAUGAUUAUAUAGAGAUUUUUGAUGGCCCCCACCAGAGUUCACCUCUCAUUGCCCGGGUUUGUGAUGGGGCCAUGGGCUCUUUCACCUCAACAUCCAACUUCAUGUCAAUUCGCUUCAUCACGGAUCACAGUAUUACUGCAAGAGGGUUCCAGGCUAACUACUACUCAGACCUUGACAAUAACACCACCAAUCUCCUUUGUCAGUCAAAUCACAUGCAAGCCAGUGUGAGCAGAAGCUACCUUCAGUCCAUGGGCUAUUCUGCCAGGGAUCUUGUCAUACCUGGUUGGAACUCCAGUUACCACUGUCAGCCCCAGAUAACACAGAGGGAGGUCAUAUUCACAAUUCCCUACACAGGCUGUGGCACAAUCAAACAGGCUGACAACGAGACCAUCAACUACUCCAACUUCCUCAGAGCGGUUGUUUCAAACGGCAUCAUCAAAAGGAGAAAGGACCUGAAUAUCCACGUCAGCUGCAAGAUGCUGCAGAACACCUGGGUCAACACCAUGUACAUCACCAACAACACAGUGGAUAUCCAGGAAGUUCAGUAUGGCAAUUUCGACGUGAACAUUUCCUUCUACACAUCCUCCUCCUUCUUGUUUCCAGUGACCAGCAGCCCAUACUACGUGGAUCUGGACCAGAAUUUGUACCUUCAGGCCGAAAUCCUCCAUUCUGAUGCCUCUUUGGCUCUGUUUGUGGACACCUGUGUGGCUUCGCCACAUCCCAAUGACUUCUCAUCUUUGACAUAUGAUCUCAUCCGGAGUGGAUGCGUACGGGAUGAUACCUACCAAUCCUACUCCUCGCCCUCGCCACGCAUCUCCCGCUUUAAGUUCAGUUCUUUCCACUUCCUGAACCGCUUCCCCUCAGUGUACCUGCAGUGUAAACUGGUAGUAUGUCGAGCGUAUGAUACCUCCUCACGAUGCUACAGAGGCUGCGUAGUGAGAUCUAAGAGGGAUGUAGGCUCCUACCAAGAAAAGGUGGAUGUUGUCCUGGGACCCAUCCAGUUGCAAUCCCCCAGCAAAGAAAAGAGGAGCCUCGACUUGGCAGUGGAGGAUGUGAAGAAGCCAGCCAGCUCCCAGGCGGUCUACCCUACUGCAGCCAUCUUUGGUGGAGCCUUCCUGGCCAUGGUCCUGGCUGUGGCAGCCUUCACACUGGGAAGGAGGACACACAUUGCCCGUGGCCAACCUCCAAGUACUAAGUUGUGAAGUGAAACAACCAAGACAUUGGCUCCACAAGCACAGAUUCCCAGAAAAGAUGGAAGACAUGAGGGCCUGACACUUGGUACCCAGAUACAUGGCGACUAGGAUUCCCUUAGCACAAAUGCUUAGCCAAGCACAAUGAGAUGGUAAAGAAGAAAGGUGGGGGCCAAGUUUUCCCAGGAUCUACAGACUGAUGGCUAGGAAGAAUGUCAUAAGAGAAUGAGACCAGUGUCUACAAUCACAGGCAACUGUGAGCUGAGCACUGGUGGCAGCCAUGCUUUCUCUAGAUAGACUUUCCCUUUGCCCGAUGUAUAGUCAACUUUCUCCAACUGUAGUGUCGAUGUCAACUUUUUCUUACAAUACUGCAAACUGAAUAUAAAUAAUCUUUCUCACGGCAA